AUGUCGGAAGACAAUCAAAAGCAGUCGCCCUGCAGCAUGAGUGAAAUAGGUACGAUUUCAAAAAUUGUUAAAAGCGCCAACGAACAGAAGGACGAAAGCUCUUCGGAAGCAAGCUCGGCAGCACCAGGUGAUGAUAGCAGAGAGAUGCACAAUGAAGACUCGGCUUCGCGACAGCAAAUUGCUUCCGAUGAAGAGUUGUCUUUUGCAAAGGAUGAUGGUCCAGCUUAUGUUGCCGUGCGCGAUACAAAUGAUCAUGAUGGUUGUGACGCUAGCUCGAUGGUCACAUUUGACAGCGAGCGCACAGGCGCUCAUGACAUGCGUCAAGAUCCCAUCGAGAAUAGAAGCCUUGGUGCCAAAAGCAUGAUGAUUGCCACCAGAAGCAUGACCCAUGAGACAAUCCAAGAAGUGCCAGACACUGUUAGAGAUUCAUCCAAGGAACAGAAGGACGGUGGCUAUUCUGAAGCAAGCUCUGCAGCACCAGAUGAUGAUUGCAGAGGGGCGCACAACAAUGAAGACCCAGCUUCACGACAACAAGUUGCUCCAGAUGACGAACUGUCUUUUGGAAUGGAAGGCGGUCGACCAUAUGUGCGACCGUCAAAAGAGGAACAAAUCCGUUUCAAUGAUGAACUGAGUCAACUAUUAAAGGAAACGAGUUCGGGCAUGGGUUGGACGGACCCAGAGGUGGCCAAGAUUUGCAACACAAUGACAAGCCAGAAAUUUGAUGAAGAACAAAGACGUUUAUGGGAUGAACUUGGACACCAAUUGCAGGCAAAGGGCUUGAUGGACUCGGAUGACGCCUUGGAGCAAUACCAACGGGCGCUUGAGAUCCGAGUGAAGGCACUUGGACCAGAACAUCCUGACACUGCUUCAACAUAUAAUAACAUUGGAGUUGUCUUUCAAAAUCAAGGCAAAUACGAGGACGCCUUGGAGCAAUACCAACGGGCGCUGGAGAUCCGAGUGAAGGCACUUGGACCAGAACAUCCUGACACUGCUUCAACAUAUAAUAACAUGGGAAUUGUCUUUCAAAAUCAAGGCAAAUACGAGGACGCCUUGGAGCAAUACCAACGGGCGCUUGAGAUCUACGUGAAGGCACUUGGACCAGAACAUCCUGACACUGCUUCAACAUAUCAUAGCAUGGGAAUUGUCUUUCAAAAUCAAGGCAAAUACGAGGACGCCUUGGAGCAAUACCAACGGGCGCUUGAGAUCCGAGUGAAGGCACUUGGACCAGAACAUCCUGACACUGCUUCAACAUAUCAUAGCAUGGGAAUUGUCUUUCUUAAUCAAGGCAAGUACGAGGACGCCUUGGAGCAAUACCAACGGGCGCUGGAGAUCCGAGUGAAGGCACUUGGACCAGAACAUCCUGACACUACAGUAACAUGUAAAAUGGUUGAAAUGACGUCAGAAGUCAAUCGCUCAUUUUGCAUGAAGUCGCUGUUUUUUUUUGUAAGAAUCUUGGUGAAAUUUCAUAGAGUUGCCAUGAGCUACAAUUCCAAGGCCAAAGUUUUGCUGGCUUCCAUUUUUGGGGAGCUCUCAAGAAGAAAAUGA